AGAGAAAAGAUUGCUUUCUUCGAUAAAGAGCGUUCAAAAGUUGCUGAACAUGUCUUUCUUGGUGGGGAUGCAGUUGCAAAAGAUAAGGAUAUACUAAAGCAAAAUGGGAUUACUCAUGUUCUUAACUGUGUAGGUUUUGUAUGCCCCGAGUGUUUCAAGUGUGAUUUCGUAUAUCGAACUUUGUGGUUGCAGGAUAGCCCGUCAGAAGAUAUUACUAGCAUUCUCUAUGAUGUUUUUGACUACUUUGAAGAUGUCAGGGAGCAACAUGGAAGGGUUUUUGUACAUUGCUACCAAGGGGUCUCUCGGUCAACCUCGUUGGUUAUUGGUUAUCUUAUGUGGAGAGAAGGACAAAGUUUUGAUGAUGCAUUUGACUACGUAAAGUCAGCAAGGGGCAUCGCAGAUCCAAAUAUUGGAUUUGCUUGUCAGUUGUUACAAUGCCAAAAAAAGGUUCAUGCUUUCCCUUUGAGUCCAAGUUCAUUAUUAAGGAUGUAUAGAGUCACGCCUCAUUCACCAUACGAUCCUUUGCAUCUCAUUCCAAAAAUGUUAAAUGAUCCUUCUCCGUCAGCAUUAGAUCCCAGAGGUGCAUUUAUUAUACAUAUACCCUCAUCAAUAUAUGUUUGGAUUGGUAAAAAGAGUGAAGCAAUCAUGGAAAGAGAUGCCAGAGGGGCUGUUUGCCAGAUUGUUAGUUAUGAGAAAGUGCAGGCACCGAUCAUAACAGUUAUGGAAGGCGAGGAACCUUUGUACUUCUGGGAUGCGUUCUCCAAUUUCCUGCCAUUGAUGGACAAAUUAAAGAAUGGAGGGGAUGCUGUUGAGUCGUCAAGUAAGGUCUGUCCAGGGGAAAGAAAGGUGGAUGCGUACAAUAUAGACUUUGAGAUUUUCCAAAUAGCUACUUCGGGCGGCUUUGUGCCUCCAUUUGCAUCAUGUGAGACUGAAUAUGAAACCCACCUUCCAGUUCGAGAAAGUUCGUGGAGCAUGCUAAGGGGAAAGUUUGUUUCAGGGAAUAUGAAGGAUUUUGUCUUUUCAACAAAGUCAGAUAAUCCAUCUAAUAAAGAAGCUGCUGUAUUUGGUGGCUUUCAUGAGUUAUGGGAGAAAAAACGAUGCAUUGAAAGGAGCUCGGCUGUGUUAGACGGUGUUGUGGAUACUGGUGGAGCAUCUUGUAACCUAGUGAAACCUGUUGUCUAUCAUUGGCCCAGCGUGGAGAAACUUGCUACUUGUAGCAUCGAUGCUUUGGAUUCUAAAGGUGCAUAUAUUUUCAUUAUUCCAACUUCAGGUUUUGGAAAAGAUGCAGGUAGAGCUGUGUGUGUUUGGGUAGGAAGGUCUUUUAGUUGUGAUUUUAGCAAGGUUCGGCAAGUAGACUGCAAACGACAAGGUGAUCCAGGGGAGAUUGACUGGAAACAGGUUGCUUCGGAAUUUCUUCAUCAAAUGGUUCUGCCAAUCAACACUAACAUUAAGCUCGUGAAAGAAAAUGAAGAACCUGCCGAGUUCCUACCAUUAUUGAUCCCGGUUAAGCUAAUAUGAUCGAGGAUGCAUCAGGAAUCCCAGUAG